AUGCCCCCAAUGCCUCACGGCAAUGGUGGUUACUUGUGCUCCAGAAAACCAUCCCUCUCUCUCCUGCGUGCGAGAGCAAGGGCCCAAAAGCGGAGCCUAUAUAUCGUGGGCAUCUGCUUGCGGGCGAAGCCUCGAAAUAGUCAGCAUUUGCCUGCUGCCGGGCUCCGGAGCGAUAUCUCUCCGCCAUCUUACCUGCCGUCUGAUCGAGGCAGGGCCGGUUCUCUCCCACGGCCUACUGGGGCAUUAGAGGACUUGUGCCGCAUCCUGGGCGGGUGCGGCGCCCGGCAUAGACACAGUUCCCUCCCACGGCCUACGGGGCCAAAAGGGGACUUCUACCGCAUCUGGUGCGGGUGCAACCCCUGGCACUUAUGUUCUCUCCCACGGCCUACCGGGCCAAGAGAAAACUUCCACCGCAUCAGGGACAUGCGCAAUGCUCGGAAAAGAGAGGGUUCUCUCCCACGGCCUACCGGGGCCAAAGGGGACUUCUGCCCCAUCCGGGAUGGGUGCAAAACCUGGAACGUAGGAGCGGUUCUCUCCCACGGCCUAGCGGGGCCAGAAGAUCGCCCGUGA